AUGUCCCGUGCUGAAGGCGAAGGUCAGUACUUUAUUCCCCAUCAUGCCGUGCACAAGGUCGAAGGUAACGAACUCAAGUUGCGCGUAGUCUUUGAUGCGUCUGCCAAAUGUCAUUCCGGAAUAUCCCUCAAUCAGUGUUUGUUGGUUGGUCCAAAGUUGCAACAGGAUAUUGUUGAUGUCUUGGUCGGAUUCCGGAUGCAUAAAGUCGCAUUCACUACGGAUAUAUGUAAAAUGUAUCGGCAGAUCGAUGUAUUGCCGCAAUACCGGGGAUACCAGUAUAUCCUUUGGAGGGAUUCGCCGCAGGUGUCGGUGAAAGAGUAUACUCUCAACACAGUUACGUACGGUGUGAAUAGUGCUCCGUAUCUCGCUUUACGGGUUCUUCGGUAUAUUGCUGACAACGACUGUGAAGCUCUUCCAGACGUCAAGGCCGCAUUGUACAACCAAACCUACAUGGACGACAUCUGUGUCGGUACAGAUUCGUUGGAGGCUGCAAAAGUGCUUCAGUCUGACCUGAUAAAGACGCUCGCCAAAUCCGGCUUACAACUGAAGAAGUGGGCCAGCAAUAAUCCAGAUUUGCUGUCACAUCUACCAGCGGAAGAUUGUUCAAGAGAUCCCUUGACUUUCGACCAGGACGAUGCUUCACAGGUGUUAGGCAUGCGGUGGAAUCAUGGAAAGGAUUAUUUCUCAUUCAGUUCCAAAAACUUUAGAAUGACCUUAACUAAGCGCGGUGUACUAUCCAUGAUAGCUAGGAUCUUCGAUCCACUGGGCUUGCUCGCCCCGUCGAUCUUUUACGCUAAGACAAUCAUGCAGCGUGUGUGGCUCGCACACAUCGGAUGGGACGAUCAACUUCCGUCAGAUUUACUUGAAGAAUGGAGCAAUUUUUAUUUCUCGUUAGGAUGGCUCACGGGAAUCAAGAUUCCUCGCUUCAUCGGUUGCUCUUCCGGGUGUAGCUAUGAAUUGUGUGGUUUCUGUGACGCUUCAGGAAAGGGAUAUGCUGCGGUUGCUUACCUUCGUGUGACUGAUCCGUCAGGAGGUACGCGUGUAUAUCUUAUUGGAUCCAAGACCAAAUUAGCCCCGAUUAAGGCCGUGACCAUUCCGAGACUAGAACUUUGUGGGGCAGUGCUAUUGGCACUAUGGCUGUGCAGAUUGAAACGAAUUUUGGAGAACAAAUUGGUGAUCAAGGGGACGUUCGCGUGGACGGACUCAACCAUUGUGCUCGCAUGGUUGAGUAACCCCCAUUCGUCGUUCAAGACCUUUGUGUCCAACAGAGUCCAUCAGAUCAAGUCAACGGCUCCCGAUUGUCAGUGGUUUCAUGUCAGCUCAGAGGAGAAUCCAGCUGAUUGUUGUUCAAGGGGUCUCCGUCCUUCAGAUCUUGUGAAGUCAGAUAUUUACUGGAAGGGUCCUGCGUUUCUAGCAACAUCAGUCGAAAAUUGGCCGAAAGAAGUCGUGAGUCUAGCGUUAGAUCAGCUACCGGAAGUCAAGCCGGUAUGUUUGCUGACACAAGUUCGAUCUUCUUCGGAAUGGUUUGCGCGAUUUUCUUCGUUUGAUAACAUGAUUAGAGUGGUAGCUCGACUACGUCGUUUUGUGUUCAGAUGUCAAAAGAAGGAGGUCCAAUCGGGUUUUUUGCAGCAGUCGGAGUUGGAUGCUGCAUUGAUUGCUGUGGUCAAAUGUGCACAGGUGUGCUUCUUGCGUGAAUUGGUUGAAUGCUUAACCAAAGGUAAAGAGAUUAAACAUAAAUCGUUGGCUCGUCUUUCUCCUUUCUUAGACUCAGUUAGAGUAGUUCGUGUAGGAGGUCGGCUGAACAAUUCGAGUUUGUCUCAGCGUAGAGUUUACCCUAUGCUCAUACCAAAAGAAUCUCAUCUUGCAAUGCUCAUUGCUGGACAUUGGUAUCGUUAUGCCUGUCAUGCUAGUCCUCGGUUACUUACUGCAAUUGUAUCGAGACGAUUCUGGAUCAUUAACAUUCGCUUAGUUGUUCAUCGGGUGAUCCGAAAGUGUACAGUUUGCGUACGAGUCGCAACAGUUAACCCCCAACCUCAGAUGGCAGAUCUGCCAGAGUUCCGAGUUCGGGAAGCUCCUCCGUUCUCUGUUGUUGGCAUUGAUUAUGCGGGACCUCUGCAGAUGAAAGAGCUAAGUUUCCGUAAGGCUCGUAUUUGCAAAGUAUAUGUAGCAGUAUUUGUUUGUAUGACUACCAAGGCGGUACAUUUGGAGUCAGUUACUGCUCUGUCCACAGAUGCGUUUUUGAUGACGUUGGAUAGGUUCGUUGCUCGUCGUGGCUUACCUUCGUAUAUCUAUUCGGACUGUGGCACUAAUUUUGUUGGUGCAGCUAAGCAGUUGCGUCGGUUGAUCAACCACCCUGACCAACAGGAUAGGAUCUCAGGUCACUUACCGUGCGAAUGGCAUUUCAAUCCCCCUGGUGCUCCCCAUUUUGGUGGGAUUUGGGAAGCCGCCGAUAAAAAUCAAUACUGCUACUAUCCAAUUGCCGAUCAUUUAUAA